CUCAAAAAUCAUUUUUAUCUAAAAUGGCUUCUUUCUCGUGUCUAUCACUUCGAUUCUAACGAGCCCACCCAUCCCCGCCUGCCACCGCGUCCUUCUUCAGUAGUUCCCUCAAUCAAGAGGCACCCAAAACACGCAUACAGACAGAUGCAUACACCGUCCCGUGAAAAGGCCUUCUAAUUUCGUAGCGGUGCUAAAGAAAACAAUAAUAAAAAAAUGGAUGCCCAGGCGAAGAAAAAAUCGUUGUUUCGUUCAAAAUUGAAUGCUCAGAAGCUGGAAAAACAACGCAUUGAUUCUCCUCUUGUGAGGUACAAUGAGCAUGACCAACUGGUCUGUAGAGUUUGUGAUGUUGUCAUCAAAUCUGAAUCUCUUUGGCCUGCACACCAAGCUUCUCGAAAACAUCACGAGGCCAUCAACAACCUCAAAGCUAAUGCUGCUGCACUAAAUCGAGCUAAUAAUACUAAGCCCUUACCUCCUAAAGAUCUGCCUAAGCCGCAAUCUGAAGAUUAUCAAGAGUUUCAUAAGAAAUCUGAACCUUCAACUGCAUUGCCUGAAUAUCGACUGUCAUCUUCUCUUCCUCCUGAUUUUUUUGAUAACCAGGAGGCAAAGAGGCAGAAAAAUGGGAGUGAAACUGAUGGAUCAUCUACUGCUAAAUCCGUGGAGAUUAGAGAUUCUGAAAUUCAGGCUUCCAAGGAAAUCAGACAGGUGUCAGAAGUAGUUGUUAAUAAUGAAACUACGCAAGUCAAAGGAGCUCUUCCUGAAGGGUUUUUUGAUGACAAAGAUGCUGAUUUACGUGCACGAGGCAUUACACCUAUGAAACCGGAUGUCAAGGAUGAAUAUAAGGAGUUUGAAAAGUUAAUCCAAGAUGAUUUACAAGAGAUAGACAACCGCUUGGAAGAAGAAGAGUUUGAUGCAGCUGAGACGAUUGAAGAAGCUGAGACUGUGGAACAAAAGACUUAUAGGGAGAGAGUAGAAAUGCUAAGGAAGAAGAAGUUGGAGAUUAAGGCUGCUAGAUCUGUCAUUUAUGGUAAAGGUACUGAAGUUGCACAGGAGGAGUCUAGCCCUGAAGAAUCAUCAAGUGAUGACGACAAUGAUGAUGUUUUAACGGUUGAUUGGAGAGCAAAACAUCUCUGAACAAUUGCGCCAUAUUUUCAGAUUGAAGCUUUUGGUCGAGUUCCAUCUCAAUGAAGUUGUUCUGUCUCAGUUAUUUGUCCUGGAUAAGCAUUCUUUUUGCUAAAAGACGAAGCUUCUAUUUCUCCAUCUCAGCUUCCGUUUUCACAGAAUGAGUAAUGCAGAUAGUUUUUUUUUAUCACGGAUUUGGAAAAUCUACUUAAAUGAAGCUGCGGGGAAUUUAAUGUAUGCCUGCAUUUAGCUGUAAAUUGAUUUCAUGAACCAAACCUCAAGACAGUGGAUUGGAGUAACUUUUGAGACAGUUUUCGUUCUUGAAAAUGCAGUCAUGAUUAAUAAUUAGACUUGUAUGGAUGUACUUUCUUUAUACAGGAUUAAUAUUUAACUAA